AUGGAUGCCCCCUGCUCCCUUCCCCACGAGAUCCCACACAGCGAGAAACUCCUGUCGCUCAAGUACGAGAGCCUGGACUAUGACAACUGUGAGAACCAGCUCUUCCUGGAAGAGGAAAGGAGGAACCACACGGCCUUCCGGACGGUGGAGAUCCGGCGCUGGGUCAUCUGUGCCCUGAUUGGGAUUUUCACCGGUCUCGUUGCCUGCUUCAUUGACAUCCUGGUGGAACGCUUGGCGGGGCUGAAGUACAAAGUGGUGAAGGGAAAUAUUGACAAGUUCACGGAGAGAGGGGGCCUGUCUUUUUCUCUUCUGCUCUGGGCCGCCCUGAACGCUGCAGUCGUGAUGCUGGGCUCCGUGAUCGUGGCUUUCAUUGAGCCGGUGGCCGCUGGUAGCGGAAUCCCACAAAUCAAGUGCUAUCUCAAUGGUGUGAAGAUCCCCCACGUGGUCCGGUUGAAGACGCUGGUGGUUAAGGUGUGUGGAGUGAUUCUCUCGGUCGUCGGUGGCCUGGCUGUCGGGAAGGAAGGCCCGAUGAUUCACUCCGGGGCCGUCAUCGCAGCUGGUAUUUCUCAAGGGAGGUCCACCUCCUUAAAGAGAGACUUCAAGAUCUUUGAGUACUUCCGGAGAGACACGGAGAAGAGGGACUUUGUCUCGGCCGGAGCCGCUGCGGGCGUCUCGGCUGCCUUUGGAGCCCCCGUUGGCGGCGUGCUGUUCAGCUUGGAGGAAGGCGCUUCCUUUUGGAACCAGUUCCUGACCUGGCGGAUUUUCUUCGCUUCCAUGAUCUCCACCUUCACCCUGAAUUCCAUCCUCAGCAUCUACCACGGCAACCCGUGGGACCUGUCCAGCCCGGGCCUCAUCAAUUUUGGCCGCUUUGAUUCCGAGAAGAUGGGAUACACAAUCCAGGAAAUCCCGAUCUUCAUAUUCAUGGGAGUGGUGGGUGGGAUUCUUGGCGCCCUGUUCAACUCCUUGAACUACUGGUUGACCAUGUUCCGGAUCAGGUACAUCCACCGCCCGUGCCUGCAGGUCCUGGAGGCCAUGCUGGUGGGGGCAGUGACGGCGGCCGUGGGGUUUGUGAUGAUCUACAGUUCUCAGGACUGCCAGCCCCUCCAAGACAGCCGGGUGACCUACCCCCUCCAGCUGUUCUGCGCUGAUGGAGAAUACAACUCCAUGGCCACGGCCUUCUUCAAUACGCCCGAGAAAAGCGUGGUCAGCCUCUUCCACGACCCUCCAGGCACCUAUAACCCCAUGACCUUGGGUAUGUUCACCUUGGUGUAUUUCUUCCUGGCCUGCUGGACCUACGGACUGACAGUCUCCGCAGGGGUCUUCAUCCCAUCCCUGCUGAUCGGGGCCGCCUGGGGCCGCCUCUUUGGCAUCUCACUGUCCUAUAUCACCAGCGGCUGGAUCUGGGCUGACCCGGGGAAAUAUGCUCUGAUGGGAGCCGCUGCUCAGCUGGGUGGGAUUGUGCGCAUGACUCUGAGCUUGACGGUCAUCAUGAUGGAGGCGACAGGCAACGUCACCUACGGCUUCCCCAUCAUGCUGGUGCUGAUGACAGCCAAGAUCGUAGGGGAUUUUUUCGUUGAGGGCCUCUAUGACAUGCACAUCCAGCUGCAGAGUGUCCCCUUCCUGCACUGGGAAGCCCCCGUAACUUCGCACUCCCUCACCGCCAGAGAAAUAAUGAGCACGCCGGUCACCUGCCUGCGCCGGGUUGAGAAGGUGGGCACCAUCGUGGACAUCCUCAGCAGCACUGGGUCCAACCACAACGGGUUCCCGGUGGUGGAGAGCACCCCCGAUGCCACGCAGAAACUGGGGCUGCGAGGGCUGAUUCUGCGCUCCCAGCUGAUAGUUCUCCUGAAGCACAAGGUCUUCGUGGAGCGUACCAGCCUCUCCCUGGUGCACCGUCGCUUGAAGCUGAAGGACUUCCGGGACGCCUACCCCCGCUUCCCCCCCAUCCAGUCCAUCCACGUUUCUCAGGACGAACGAGAGUGCAUGAUGGACCUGACUGAAUUCAUGAACCCAUCGCCCUACACGGUGCCACAGGAGGCCUCCCUCCCGCGCGUCUUCAAGCUCUUCCGGGCCCUGGGCUUGCGCCACCUGGUGGUGGUAGACAAUCAUAACCAGGUGGUUGGACUGGUCACGCGGAAGGAUCUGGCCCGGUACCGGCUGGGGAAGGAGGGUUUGGAGGAGCUGUCCUUGGCUCAGACAUGACCGCCGUGGUGCCGAAGGCUUUGCUGU